AUGGCUGUGGAAUUUCUACAUGAACUGGAUGUUCCAUUUUUCAAAGUAGGAUCAGGAGAUACAAACAAUUUUCCGUAUUUGGAAAAGACUGCAAAGAAAGGUCGCCCAAUGGUGAUUUCCAGCGGGAUGCAGUCGAUGGACACAAUGCAUCAGGUUUAUCAGAUUGUGAAGCCCAUCAAUCCAAACUUCUGCUUCCUGCAAUGCACCAGUGCAUACCCGCUUCAGCCAGAGGAUGUCAAUCUCCGUGUUAUAUCGGCGUAUCAGUCAGCUUUUCCUGAUAUCCCCAUUGGCUAUUCGGGACACGAAACGGGCAUAGCCAUUUCAGUGGCAGCUGUUGCUAUGGGUGCUAAAGUACUGGAACGCCACGUGACUCUCGAUAAAACAUGGAAAGGAAGUGACCACCAAGCAUCCCUGGAACCAGAUGAACUGGCAGAGUUAGUGAAAGCCAUCCGUACUGUGGAAAAAGCAAUGGGUUCUCCAGUCAAACAACUCUUGCCCUGUGAAAUGGCUUGCAAUGAAAAG